CUGAGCGAGAUGACGCAUUUCCUAACGAAACAACCACCAGCAAAUCCUCAAUUGCCACCAAUCACUUCGUCUUACAUCUUCAUGAUCCCUUUGCGUUCAAGAAGGCUAACAAGACACAGUUUUGGCAGGUUCUGAUCCACAAAUAACAAUGAGCGCGCCGAAACCCCCAAAGGGUCACUUCAACAUCCUUUACUUCGCAAGUGCUAGCUCCCACACGGGCAAGGAUAUGGAAGCUCUGCCAGCGCCGCUGCCCUUGCGGAAACUCUUCGACACACUCGAGGAGCGGUACCAGGGCAUUCGGGAAACGGUGCUUGAUCACAGCCUGGUCACGAUAAACUUGAGUUACGUGGAGAUGCCGAGCAGUGAGGAUGAAGACGGCGAGGAUAACGCUGUUGUUAUACAAGAAGGGGACGAGGUGGCUAUCAUACCUCCGGUCAGCUCCGGUUGAGAGCGGGGGAUACAUACGGACACCGUCCAUUACCUACGAACAAAUAGAACGACAGUGUUUGAACAGGACAAUAUGUUGGUUGUGUGAAGCUUGCUGUUUCGAAUCAAGUCCCGUUAUAGACUCUA